AUAAAGCUGAACGUGAUCAAUCAAUGAGCCAGUGAUUGAAUGGCAGUUGCAGGUUCAGGCAAUAAAUAUACUCCCAGCUAGUACGGCAACUAAGCAAGGCAGUAAAUCACAGUGGGUUUAAGGGUUCAACUUGGCAACUAUAGUGGUGGCUUGUCUGUUGGUACUUAGAUAUGGCUUUUGGAAUUAAUUUGUGGAUCGUGUUGCUUUGCUCCAUAUUCUCAGAACAUUUAAGAUCUGCUUGUGCUCCACAUGAUGCCCAGAGAUUAAGAGGCUACAUGUAUUCUGGCUCUUCCCAAGUGGAAGAUGAACAGAAACAACCAGGUGACGGCUAUCCUCAGGAUCCAAUCAAACCAACUUUUAGUACUUCAAGAUCUGUCCAGAGUGAUGCUACUCGUAGAGAGACUGGCCCCAACACCCAUAACCAGGAACUAUCCCGCAGAGGCUCAGCUUCAAGCUCUAUCCAGCCUGCCCCAAGAAUGUUAGGCCUCUCUGGCUCUAUAGCCAGUAGUAUCUCUGUCAGCCACAACAAGCGUCACACCCGUGCCAGUAUAACCUCAGGCCAAAGUGUCACCAGCCCUAGUGCAGUGAAGAUGGUUUCAAGUUGGGAAGCAAAGGGAAUCCAGCCCAAAACUGUCCCAUUACAGCCUCGUUCAAGCAACUCUGGAUCUGUUCAGAAUUUCCUGGGAAGCCAUUUAUUCAAAGCAACCCCCCAGAAUUCUGUGGCACAAAGUGGAAUCUACCAGUCCGCAAGGGAAAUGGCUUCCACCCCUUACCUUCAAGCUCCCUCACGUGGUUCUUCAGGAACUUCAUUUAGACCAGGUCCUCUGCAUUUUGGGUCUACUGAAGAUGGGAGUGCAACAAAUGGGUACAAGCCCAGCUUCUCUCAAUAUGUCAAGCCAUACCAGAGUAGAUAUGCCUCCGCCAGUAGUGGUUCAACUUCUAGUCAAUAUGCCCAGAGUAUAGAUGUUGCCUCCAAAAGCAGCAGUAUCCCUAUACUUAGCCUGGGGUCUAGCUCCAGUCUCUUUACCCCGAGUUCUACGCCUAGUAAAAACUCUUAUGGAACCUACAAGCCUGGCUCUACCCUUGGUGCAACACCACGCCAGAGCAUGUUUACCUUUAACCAGGGUGGCAGUGCUUCAAUCUACAGCCAGAAUGUCUUUGCCGCCAACCAGAAGCCAGGUAGCACUACACUUGCCGACAGCAACCACAGACAAGUCUCUGGUCAGGUGGGGGACUACCAGCCUAGUUAUGUUGCCAGUAGUGGGCCAAUCCCCAUCCUCUACAGUUCUAACCAGGGUGGCAGUGCUUCAAUCUACAGCCAGAAUGUCCUUGCCGCCAACCAGAAGCCAGGUAGCACUACACCUGCCGACAGCAACCACAGACAAGUCUCUGGUCAGGUGGGGGACUACCAGCCUAGUUAUGUUGCCAGUAGUGGGCCAAUCUCCAUCCUCUACAGUUCUAACCAGGGUGGCAGUGCUUCAAUCUACAGCCAGAAUGUCCUUGCCGCCAACCAGAAGCCAGGUAGCACUACACCUGCCGACAGCAACCACAGACAAGUCUCUGGUCAGGUGGGGGACUACCAGCCUAGUUAUGUUGCCAGUAGUGGGCCAAUCUCCAUCCUCUACAGUUCUAACCAGGGUGGCAGUGCUUCAAUCUACAGCCAGAAUGUCCUUGCCGCCAACCAGAAGCCAGGUAGCACUACACCUGCCGACAGCAACCACAGACAAGUCUCUGGUCAGGUGGGGGACUACCAGCCUAGUUAUGUUGCCAGUAGUGGGCCAAUCCCCAUCCUCUACAGUUCUAACCAGGGUGGCAGUGCUUCAAUCUACAGCCAGAAUGUCCUUGCCGCCAACCAGAAGCCAGGUAGCACUACACCUGCCGACAGCAACCACAGACAAGUCUCUGGUCAGGUGGGGGACUACCAGCCUACUUAUGUUGCCAGUAGUGGGCCAAUCCCCAUCCUCUACAGUUCUAACCAGGGUGGCAGUGCUUCAAUCUACAGCCAGAAUGUCCUUGCCGCCAACCAGAAGCCAGGUAGCACUACACCUGCCGACAGCAACCACAGACAAGUCUCUGGUCAGGUGGGGGACUACCAGCCUAGUUAUGUUGCCAGUAGUGGGCCAAUCCCCAUCCUCUACAGUUCUAACCAGGGUGGCAGUGCUUCAAUCUACAGCCAGAAUGUCCUUGCCGCCAACCAGAAGCCAGGUAGCACUACACUUGCCGACAGCUACCACAGACAAGUCUCUGGUCAGGUGGGGGACUACCAGCCUAGUUAUGUUGCCAGUAGUGGGCCAAUCCCCAUCCUCUACAGUUCUAACCAGGGUGGCAGUGCUUCAAUCUACAGCCAGAAUGUCCUUGCCGCCAACCAGAAGCCAGGUAGCACUACACCUGCCGACAGCAACCACAGACAAGUCUCUGGUCAGGUGGGGGACUACCAGCCUAGUUAUGUUGUCAGUAGUGGGCCAAUCUCCAUCCUUUCCAGUUCUAACCAGGGUGGCAGUGCUUCAAUCUACAGCCAGAAUGUCCUUGCCGCCAACCAGAAGCCAAGCAGCACUACACCUGCCGACAGCAACCACAGGCAAGUCUCUGGUCAGGUGGGGGACUACCAGCCUAGUUAUGUUGCAAGUAGUGGGUCAAUCUCCAUCCUCUACAGUUCUGCCCAAGCUGGCAGUUCUUCAAUCGAUGUCCAGAAACCAAGCACCUCUAAACCUGCCCCUAGGCAAAGCUAUCAGCGCAGCUAUACUCCCAAAGCUGUGAAGUCGAUCCCUAGCUAUACCAGAGGACCUACCCAGAGCAGGACCAGCAGUACCACCACACCUCAAAGCGUUGUUUUGGUCUACAACAUCCCAGCACGCUACGGUGGCACUCAUAUCCGUCGGCUCAAAGACAGUAUUCAUAGUGGGCGUAGUGCCUCCACUAGCCACUCCAAAACCAGCUCAAGUGUUAACAAGCCACAGCAAAACCACACUCCACCUGCCAAACAGGAGGGUCCCAGCACUCCCUACGUCCAAGUCUCACACUCUACUAGAUGGGAGCCCAGAACAUGACUAAGUGAGAGCUGUAACCACCAGUUGAGGUACUGAGACCAUGAAGUGAUGCCAGGCGCUGUACUUCAAUGGUUUUAAUAAAUAACGCUGAAUCUUAUCCAAGUUCAGUCUCACUGUUGUAUCCAUACAUUUUUUUUUUACUGACAUGUCUGCUUGGUCCAGCAGGACUUUUUGAAUGCUGGCAUUUGUUAAGAUGUUGCAUGACUGGACCUCUACAAUGAGCCUGAAGCUGUGUUGGGCUUAACAUUUGAUGCUUCAUUCACCCCCUGCAGCUGGGGAGACCCAGAGCACACUUCAGGUUCUUAAUGCAACUUGACUUAGUUUGUGUACAUCACAACCAUCAGUGGAUUACAUAUUUUCUUUUUCUCCAGAAAUUGAAUCUCAUAUUUAUUUGACCCCUGAUACGUUGUCUUUUUAUUUAAUGCCAAUGACCAUGACAUUUCUGCUCUUGAUGUCCCCUUAUGAGCCCUACAUUUUGCCUUAAUACCUACCAUAAGCAUGACAAAUGUAUUAUGACUAGGAGUCACACAUGGUCAGAUGGGGAACUCCUGGCCCUAAUUAUGAGACCACAGUAAUAGAAUGGCAGUGUUAUU